ACAAAUCUCAUGAACCUCAUGGAAAUAUGCAAAUGUUGGACAACCGAUGUGGAACUGAUAUUCACAUCACAUCGUUUGAUUGGGGUCUUUUAACAGUCGGACACAAUCACAAGAAAAACAUUUCGAGCAGCCUAUGAGUAGCUUUGUUGUCUGCUCCUAUACUGUACUGUCAGCCUGCUAACUAUAUUAAUCAUUCUUUUUGGGAGCUUUUUUUGUACUUUUCCUCAAAUGUAUAAAUCUACGUUGACGAUGGCUUCCAGGAAUUUACCAGGAAUUAAAUGACAGGUCAAGCUGGUGCGCAAUCGCAGUAUCAUUAGCGCACUGCUUGAUAAAUUAGCUAGCAAAUUGAAUUCAACGAAGCAAAAAUGAUCUAGCUGUUUUUUGUUACAAAUCCGUGACAUUACAAUUAGAUUGUGAAGAAGUGUGCGGUAGUUUAGCUAUAAACGAACUCUUAAAAUUGCGGCCGGUGACGUUCUAGCUAGCGAACCAGUCCAAUGUCAACACAUUAACGACGUCCCCUUGGCUUUACAUCAACAACAAUUGGUCGAUCGAGGGUGUUGCGAAAUGGCAAUCUUUAAAAAGUAGUGUUUCUUCACCCAGAGAUAACAAUUCAGAAUUUCUAACGUUGGCCAGUUAGCUAGCUGUUCACUUUUAUUUGCUAGAUAGGGAGAUUUCUCUAUGUCAAGAUGCCUGGAAUGGUAGCGUUUGGCCGGCGAUGGGGAAUUGCGAGCGACGAUCUGGUCUUCCCCGGCUCCUUUGAGCUGUUCGUCAGGGUUCUAUGGUGGAUAGGGACACUGGCACUGUACACUCUCCAUAAGGGGAAGUUUGACUGUUCUGGUGGGAGAGUUCUACACAGCUACCUGGUGGUUCUACUCAUCCUGUUGGCUUUCAUCAUCCUGUCUCUAUGUGCCAUCGUCUACGUCAGCGCUCAAGGGACUAUCACUAACCCAGGCCCGCGACGCUCCAUCCCGGUGCUGGUGUACGUGCGGGCGAUGCUGUACGUCCCUGAGAUAAUUUGGGCCAUCCUGGGGGCCAUCUGGGUGUCUGAUGACAGCCACGGCUGUCGGCCUGCUGAGGUGGGGGCCGUCAUCGCUGCAGUGGUCGCCAGUUGGAUUCUGCUGCUGUCCACAGGGGUGGGGGUGCUGUUUGUGUUCGACCCGCUAGGCACCACCCAUCCUGGGUCUCAGUCCCAGGAGCUGCUGGGAGUAAGGGACCUGGAGAGCAGUCAGGGCUCCCAGCUCCUGUCCACUGCCCGCUCCGUGGCUGUCAGGGUGUGGGAGAGCAGGCUGAGGCUCCUCUGCUGCUGCCUGCCUCGGGAUGAGAGCCACAGAGCUGCCUUCUCCAGCAUAGCUCAGCUUGUCAGUGGAUUCUUCUCGGAUACAGACCUGGUUCCCAGUGACAUCGCAGCAGGUCUGGCUCUGCUACACCAGGAGCAGGAUAAGAUGGAGCAGUGUAGAGAUCCAGACGAGGCCCUAUCUCACAGUCCCUCAUCACCUAUCGCAGAAGAUCUUCAGGCAGAGCUGGAGAAGGCAGCCCACUGUAUGCAAUUUGCUGUAGCUGCAUAUGGCUGGCCCAUGUAUGUCUACUCCAACCCUCUCACCGGAGCCUGCAAACUCAGCAGGGACUGCUGUAAGACCCAGUCUGCUGAGUAUGACAUUGUCGGAGGAGACAAUAUGGGCUGCCAUUUCUCCUCCGUCCUCCACAGCACCGGCCUACAGUACAGAGACUUCAUCUACGUUAGCUUUCACAACCAGAUCUAUGAGAUUCCGUUCUUUGUGGCUCUGGACCAUAAGAGAGAGGCAGUACUGGUGGCUAUCAGAGGAACACUGUCACUACGGGAUUUGCUGACUGACCUGUCUGCAGACUGUGAGAACCUGCCAGUAGAGGGAGUGUCAGGAACAUGCUAUGCUCACAAGGGCAUGUCUCAGGCAGCCAGCUACAUCUGUAAGAAACUCCUCAACGACGGCAUUCUAAACCAGGCUUUCACCAUCGCACCUGAGUACAAGCUAGUCAUCACAGGCCACAGUCUUGGAGGGGGUACAGCCUCUCUCCUGGCCAUUCUAUUACGGAGCUCCUUUCCCACCCUGCGGUGUUACGCCUUCUCUCCACCAGGGGGACUCAUGAGUAAAGCCCUGGCUGAUUACUCCAAGGAGUUUGUAGUGUCUGUGGUUCUGGGGAAGGACUUGGUGCCAAGGUUGAGUUAUCCCAACAUGGAGGACUUGAAGAGGAGAAUACUAAAAAUGGUUUCUAAUUGCAAUAAGCCCAAGUACCGUAUCCUGCUCCAGGGCUGUUGGUAUGAGUUGUUUGGGGGAGAGCCUGAUGACUUCCCUACUGAGAUGGACAACAGACGGAAGGAGGAGCUUAACCAACCGCUUUUGGGGGAGGAGUCACUGCUGAUUCGCAGCUCAUCGUCCUAUCAAGGCUUGGCUUCCGAGGAGUCACCUGUACACGGCUCCCACCUGCCACUUUUCUUACCGGGACGUAUACUGCACAUUACAGAGGACGGGCCGUCACGGAGGUCCUGUUUUUCCCAGGUGCGUUACCGGGUGGAGUGGUCCAGUGAAACGGCGUUCCGUAGUGUUCUCAUCAGCCCCAGGAUGAUGGCCGACCACAUGCCUGACGCUGUGCUCCUGUCGCUUCGCAGUCUGACACAGGACAGGCCCUUCAACCUCUGCCCCUCGUCGCUUAGCAACAGCCACCUCAACGUCAUCUGAUACACACACACACACACACACACACACACCUGAACAGGACAAGCCUGACUGUCUUUCGCUAGUCUGACCCCAUUCUGUCCCCAGUCCUUCUGUUCCAGUCCUGUUUCUUCCUUUCCCCUGUCUUAAGUCCCCCCCAGCUUCUGUCCUUGUUUUGUCCCCACCCCAUGAGGGGUUCUUCAACAGCCAAGUCAAAGGGGCAAGACAAUUAGACUCAUCAAUAAAAGGAAUGUGCAGGACUGUCUUUCUCACUGACUUUGGAAAGGGGGUUGCAAUUUGAUUAUUUAUUUGUUGUCAUAAUUUGUUGCCAAUUCAUUGGUUAUUGCUUUCUUCUUUUGAGUAAUUCCAUGAAAAACUGUCAGUGUCAUUAACAUCAAUUGUGCUUUGUGUACAUAGUUAGAUAUUAUUGCAGUGUAACUGUAAUUCCAAAAGUGUACAUGCAGAUUUUAUUUUGACUAUUUUUUUUAUGUUGCUGGUUUUGAAGAGAUUGUUGAUUGUUUAACUGUGGUUUGUCUUUGUUCUGUGCUGAAUGUCUGAGACUUGAGGAAGAAAUUGUUCUGGACCACAGAUCUAAGAUCAGAUUAUCCUCCCCCUAACCAUUAGGGUGAUGAACAAUAUCUGACCCUGUGUAAGUGGUUGGGGACAACUUCUACCUCCUCAAAGAUCAGGGUGAAUAGUGCCUAUGCAUCGCAUAACAAUAAGUCUCAUCAAUACUCUCGAUGCUUGACCAGUGUUUUGUUUUGCUCCUUGUAUGCAGUGCAUGAAACAAGUUCAUUUGCAUGAAAACAACUUCCGGGUGAUACGAGGUAACCUAAAUUACUCCAGUUUCCUAACACUUUUUCUGUUCAUUUGCUAUUUACAUAUUACAUCAUCAGGUAAUUCAACAUUGAUAACAGAAAGUCAAAGUAAUGUAGUAGUUUACAUCCUGAAUUGUGUAUUAUUUAGUUUGACGAUACAAAUAAAAGCAUGUCAUGUUUCUGUA